GUGUCGUGCUGGUCAGCUGGGAUCCUGCACCAGGACACGCCUCUGGGCUGAAUGGAGCGCGCAGUGCGUAAAGUCCGACGUGCAGCGGAUUCCAACUUGUUUCUAUAACUUCAUUUCACGCUUUUUAAUAAGUAUCUAAUCGACAUUAUUGAUUCAUUCUUAGUCGAGUAAAUGCAGCGAUGACGCGGGAGGAAGAUCUCAUCCGGAUUGCUAAAAAACUGGACAAGAUGGUGUCUAGAAAUAACACGGAGGGCGCCAUGGACCUGCUGAGGGAACUGAAAGGUUUCAAUAUGACACUCAGACUUCUCCAGGAAACGAGGAUCGGCAUGUCUGUGAAUGGUAUCAGGAAGCACUGCACAGAUGAGGAAGUCAUUGCCUUGGCAAAGGUUCUCAUUAAAGACUGGAAAAGACUUCUGGACUCUGAGAAACCCUCUGAAACGAAGAACGGUUUGGACUCCAGCAAAACAGCAGCGUCUCCAAACAGCUCCCCCUCUGAGACAAAAAGCAGCCACAGGAGACUGGAUGUCAAACCGAAACAUGACUCAGAUCCUGAUAAAAAACACUCAAACAAAUACAGAAAAGAAAAACAAAAUGACGAACAUAAAAACAAAACAGAGAGACACGCAGACGACCUCUGGGAUGAAAAGCACCUGGAGGAGCCCCAAAAUGAGAAACAUCCCCAAGAAAUCAGAAAGGAGAAGCAUUUAGAAGAAUUAAAAAAACAAAAACCUGCAGAGGACGCCCAACUCGAAUUAGAUAACAAGAAACGGAAGCAUGUGCAAGACCUGCAGGGUGAGAAACACAAGCCAGAACCAAGGAAAGAAAGGCUGUUAGAAGAACCAAAAAAGAUGAGACACGUGGAAGAAGUCAAAAAGGAGAAACACCCAGAGGAGCCCAAGAAGCACAGCUACACAGAUGACAUGAAGAAGGACAAACACAGAGAGGAAAGCAGACACGAGAGGCCGCAGCGAGAGAGACCACUGAAUGAGAAGCCUGCUGACGCUCAAAAACCAAUAUUUGAAAGGAGAGGAGUGUUGGACAGCACUAUUCUGUAUCCCACCCGGUUCCCCUCUCCUCCUCGACCUGCUCGGCCUCCUCCCCCGAUCAAACGUCCCUCUGUGGACCUGAAAAAAGACAGUUUUCUAACGGGCUCAUGGCCUAACAGGAUGCCUACAGUGCAUGAUGCAUGUUGUGAUGGGUCAGUCAGGAAGGACGGUAAAGACUCUUCCUCCCGACAGCCUCGUCCUCAGGCUCCUCGACCCGCCUCUCCUCCGGCUAAGCGACCUUCGCUGGAAGUAAAGAAAGAGAGGAAAGUUCCACCGGACCCAAAUGCUCCAAUUGCUCCUCUUCCUUUUCACCUUCAUCCUCCUCCACCAAGGAAAGUUCCACCGGACCCAAAUGCUCCAAUUGCUCCUCUUCCUUUUCACCUUCAUCCUCCUCCACCAAGAAAAGAGCCCCCUGACCCCAACACUCCUCUUCCUUCACUUCCUCUUCACCCCCCGCCUCCUCCGAAGCGUCCUUCACUGGACGGGAAAAAGGACAGCAGGAAGGAGUCAUCCGACUCUAAACCUCCUUCACAGAAGAAGACGUCAGAUCACGUGAAGAAAGACAGGAAAGACUCAUCGGAUAGCAAAGGAUCUAAAAAACACUCAGAUGAAGCCAAGAGAGAAAGGAAAGAUUCAUCUGAUUCUAAACUGUACAUGAACAUACAGACAGAGUUUCAACAACCUCCCAAAAAGCCCAGUGUGGAUGUCAAAAAAGAAAAACACAGGAAGGACUCCUGCGACUCGAAGCCCGGCCAACCUGUGAAACGUCAUUCAACUGACUCCAAACCUGACAGGCGGGAAUCCACUGAUUCAAAGAAAAGCAGCUCACCACCAGCAAAGAAGCUAACAGCUGAAAGGAGAGAGUCUCACAGCUCCAAGACUGCUCAGCCUGGACCUCCACAGAGGAAGCCCUCUACUGACAGCAUUGAAAGAAAGGGCAAAACCGAUGCCCCUAAAACCCCCACCACCCCGACAAGCCCCAUGUCACCCAGCUUCAGUUCUGCCGGGGGUCCACUGCCCCCUCAUCUCGCUACUGGAGACUCCGUCAGAGACAAGUGCAUUGAGAUGCUGGCAGCUGCCCUGCGCACCGACAACGACUACAAAGAUUUUGGAACUAACUGUGACAGCAUGGCUGCAGAGAUUGAAGAUCAUAUCUACCAGGACGUAAAGGCCACUGAUAUGAAAUAUAAAAACAGAGUCCGCAGCCGCAUCAGCAACUUGAAGGACCCAAAGAACCCUGGGCUUCGCAGAAACGUACUCGCAGGAAGCAUUGAAUUAAGCCGCAUCGCCACCAUGUCUGCUGAGGAAAUGGCCAGCGACGAGCUGAAACAGCUGAGGAACGUUCUCACCCAGGAGGCCAUCAGGGAACACCAAAUGGCCAAAACUGGUGGCACCACCACCGACCUGCUGCAGUGCGGCAAGUGCAAGAAGAAGAACUGCACCUACAACCAGGUGCAGACACGCAGUGCUGAUGAGCCAAUGACCACAUUUGUUCUGUGUAAUGAGUGUGGUAACCGCUGGAAGUUCUGCUGAUGCCUUCCAGGUGAAACCACGAUUUUUUUUCCCCCUGAGCAUAUUGAACUGCAUAUUUUCUAUAAUGGGAGGGGAGGGAGUUAUAAAUUAUUGCAGCUAAUGAUUUAAACAGAUAAAUAGUGUUCUUACAAUUUUUACUUGAAAUUUCUAAGCAUGUGCUAAUAAUCCGGGUUUGCUUUAUGUGGAAUUGGAAGACUCAGCAUGAAGUUUGAUGACUGUUGGAACAAUGAGUGAUGAUCACGGUGCUGUCAUGAUGGAAAGACUAUCCAGUUAAUAUGCUGUGUCAUAUUACAGCUGUUCACUUUACUGUAUAUAUCUAAUUCCAAUAAAACUGCAUAAAUCAUCAGUAUGAUGGCUUUUUAAACUCACAUUUAAUAAAAGAUUUUGACAAUCA